AGAGAUAUGGAUGAGUUUUCUUCACAUAAGUUUAGAGAAAAAGGAGUCAAAGUCAAGAAGCCGAUUAUGGUAUUGAACGAUUCCAGCUUAGAUAUUAGUGAUCAAAAUAAUACUCCUAAUAAUUUACUUAAUAUGAGGAUGGCAGGGUCAGCUGGAGGAGUUUAUCUUAAAUAAAUUCACUGAGAAGCAAAAUUCAAAGAAAAAUAGAGAUUUAAUCCAGGAUGACCAUGCUCAUCCAAGGGUUAAACUCAAUAAUCAAUCUGUUGAUAAAUAAGAUCAUUAAAGUCCCUUCAAGCGCUCUUGAAUCUUCAGAAUGGAGUAAUCUUAACGACUCUCUUCCUGUAAGAUUGGGAGGAAAUUUUAAGCUUGAUAAUUUUACAAGAAAUAUGGAGAUGCCAAUACUGUGUCGAUUAAGAAUUAUUAUGGAGUUAACAGAGAUUUCUUACCUCGAACAAUGAAUAUUGUUGAAAUUAACAAUGAGAAAAGCUCAGAUAGUGAUAUCAUUCUUUCAGCUCAUAAAGAUCAGUAAGGAAUUUCAUCGCCUGGGAUUCAUAACUUAUAGGCAUAUUGUUGAUAGCUCAAUAGAUGAAGGCUCUCAGGCUCAAAGACUUCAAAAUAACUUUGAAUCACUGAUCCCACAGGCUAUUAAAGGAAAGAAUGAAUAUAUUAACCAUGCUGAUAAUAGAAGAGUAAGUCAAGAAAUUCAUGAAACUGAGAGAGAUCUUUUACAUAUGAUGAAUCCUAGAAAUUCGAUCAUUCACAGAGAUGCAGUAGAUGAAGAGGAAGACAAGAAAGAGAAUAAGCAAGCACCAAAUUUACACAAUUAUGAAAAUGAUCGGUACAUCUCUGAAGAUGAAGAAGAAGUAGAUGGGAGAUUUAACAACCCAGAAACCUCAUUUGUCACUGUUAAAGGCAACAAGUUGAUGUCUCUUGUUAAUAAGAUUCAUGGCCUUGUGACACCAAAUAAGCACCAGAAAACACAGAGAAAUUUGAGGUCAAGCUGCAUGGCUAACAAAAUUGAGAGAUUAAACAGUCCUCAUGCCUCAGAAGUAGCUAACUACACUAGAAGUUUUUACCUAGUCCAAGGAGAAUAUCCGACUGAGAAUAUUAUCUUGACGCAGAAGGCAGGCAAUAUCGAAGUGAAGUUGCCAACAGGAGUUCGGUGGCUUAGAAAAUUUAGAAGAAGAUAUUGAGUUAUCAAAGAUCAUUGAAUAUUUAUAUACAAAAAGAGGGAGAAGAAGCUCACUGAGUUUGUGAUUGACCUGAAUUCAUUGACUGCAGCAAUAUUCGUGCAGGAAUCCGAACCAUUGAGAGCUUUUAAGUUGAAAAUUUUAGGAUUAGCAGAAACAGUUGAUUUUAGGAUCCCUUCUGAUCAAGCACACACUAAUGAAGCACAAGAUUGGGUACAAACAUUAUUUGAGCAUCUUGAGAGCAGUAAAGGAUACUAUACAGACCUUGCUUCUGUUCCAUUAUCAAAAUCACUUGUGUUUUCUUAUCCAAGGUUAGAAAAUUCAGAGUUUAUUAAAAUGGCAGAUACUGGGGAUAUUCUACUAUUCCGAGGGUUUUCUAAAGCCUCAAAGUUCCAAAGAAUGAUGACUUGUAGCAAGUACGAUCAUGUUGCUAUGGUUCUAAAGGGAUCGGAUGAUAAAGUUCUUCUCUUUGAGAGCACAUCAACACUUGGAGUAACUUUUAUUGAUUGGCAAGCAUUUCAUCAAAUUGGAUGGCCAAAGAAAUAUCAAAGAGUAGUUUAUAGAAAACUUAAGCAUGAAAGAAAUAAUGAAGACAUAAACAGGCUUGAAUCCUUCCUUGUUAGUGUCAAAGAUAAGAAAUUUAAAUUCAGUAUCAAGAGUGUUUUAGGUAAAAACAACUACAACAAUGAACAAGAGCAAACAUUUUUCUGUUCAGAACUUGUAGCAGCUUCUUAUCAGACGCUUGGAAUUUUGCCAGAAGAUACAGUUUGAAGUAGGUAUUGGCCAGGUAGCUUUUCAACUGAAAAAUCAAUACCUUUGAUCAAUGGAGCAACUCUUGGAGAAGAAUAUUUAAUUGUGUAG